AUGGAACUACCUGCCUUUUUAAGUCAAAAGCCUCCCCCAGGUUACGUGGCCGGUAUAGGACGCGGUGCCACUGGCUUUACCACCCGUUCUGACAUCGGUUCUGGCAAAGUUCCUGGAAGAGUAAGGGACGACAGAGAAAUGCCUUUGGGAGCAGACGAGAAUGAAAACGGUGAUGCAGACGAAGAAGGCAUAGGCCGAAAUGCUAAAGUACGAUUCGAGGACUCUAACGGACUAUCUUUGGUAUCCAACAAUGUGGGACAAAAUGACGAAGAAGCCGAUCGCAUCUACCUGGAAAUCGAUGCCCGACUUUCGAACAGCAAGACCCAAAAGAAAGCAGAUAUAGAAAACGUCAAAAAGCCAGACAGCAACCUUGAGGUGACUACAGGAAUCACUGCUGUUUCUCAGGCUUUUGUGGAUCUCAAACGCUCGCUGGCCACCGUUAGCGACGAGCAGUGGGAAAAUCUACCCGAAGCCGGAGACUUCACAAGACGCAACAAGCGCCAGCGUAUCGAGCUGCAAAAUGAGCGUAAGACGUAUGCCGCGCCCGACACGCUGAUGGCCGAAAAUAUCGAUUUGACGAAGCUCACCCAGGAGCGUGAGAAAUUGUUAGGCCGCCAGCUUGACGAAUCUUUGAACGGCCGAGACGGCAACGCACAAAACGCGCGCAAUGAAACGGAUCAGUACCUACGAGAUCUGGAUGACUCUAUCAAGACUGCAGAACUUAAUACUGACGUACAGGAUGUGGGGAGAAUGAGGACAAUUCUGAAUUCGUAUCGAAAGUCCGAUCCCAAGAGACCGCAGGGCUGGAUCGCCUCAGCUCGACUGGAGGAGAAAGCUAAGAAGUACCCGCUCGCGAAAAGCUUAAUCGAAGAAGGAUGCAACGCGUGUCCUCGAGACGAAGACAUUUGGCUUGAGAACAUUAGACUUAAUGCUACUGAUCUGCACUAUUGCAAAAUUCUUGUAGCGCGAGCACUAAGUUUUAACGACGAAAGUAUCAAACUGUGGUUGAAGGCUGUUGAACUGGAAAAUGAGACUCUCAACAAGGUACGAGUUGUUCGCAAAGCUCUACAGAGUUUGCCAACGUCCCCAGAGCUGUGGAAGCUGGCUGUACAGUACGAAGCCGAUAGAAUAGAGGCAAUCAAAAUUUUGAAGAAAGCUACAGAGCUGAUGCCGGACAACAUCGAGCUAUUAACAGCGCUAAUCAACCUGCAAGACCACUUAGACGCAAGAAAAACACUCAAUACAGCAAGGAAAAAUAAUCCAGACAAGCUUCAAGUUUGGAUUUUGGCAAUCGAACUGGAGGAACGACGUGGGAGCUCGUCUUUGGAAAAACUUGUGAAGCUUCUCGGAAAAGGAUUGCAGGAGCUGGCAAAGCACGGAACAGAAAUAACUGUUGAACAGUUAUUUCAAGAGGCUUCUCAGAUUGAGGCACAAUUCACAAGUAGCUAUGAAUUGACGCUACGAGCCCUCGUGAAGGUUGCUGUGGACUUGCAUUUUGGCUCGCAGACCUAUAAUAAUGCGGUAACAUUCAUUGACAGCAUCAGCUACAAUGGUCUUGCUAAAUCUUUUGCCUACAGAUACGUUCUCGAGAAAGAACCUCGUAACUUUGUGCUAUGGAGAAGAUUCCUUGAAUUAUGUCGAGUUGAGAAGCACAUCGGGGAGGUUUAUGAUGCCUUUGAAACAGCCCUGUUUAAAAACCAAACUACCAUUCUUCGAGACCUUCCAGUGUUGGCACUCAUGUACUCUAAGGAGAUCUGGAAAGUCGACAAAAAUACUCUUCGCGCUCUUGACAUUAUAGAUCGAAGCCUCGAAUGCAACCCAGAUUGUGUCGACUUUUGGCUUGCGAAAAUCAAACUAUUAAUCUUAGAUUGGAAACACGACGACGCUGAAAGCCUGUUCAAAACGGCGAUUGAUUCACUAAAUGCUCAGCCAGGCUUCGACAGAGUCUGUCACCGCUACAUUGGAUUUUUGCGCUUUCAAGACAGGAACCCAGAAGCACUUGAAAUGCUGGAAACCAAGUUUCUGGCACAGCAGCCUGCUUGCGACAAGCUCUUCUUGCAAUGGGGCCAAAUAUAUCAGGACACCGACCAACCAAAAAAAGCCCGUGAGUGCUUUUUCGAGGGCACCAAAAAAAUACCACAGAGCGCAAGACUGUGGAUUGCGCUUGCUCGGGCUGACAAGGACUUACUGGGACUGCCUGUCAAGGCACGUUCUGACUUAGAAAUGGCGCUUUUGAAGGUUCCUGCGGGGACACAGCAGGAUCACUUGCUAGUGGCACGCAUCCAGAUGGAAAGAGAACUGUCCAACAUUGAUCAAGCCAGACUUUUAGUUUCACAGGGUCUUCGGGUCCAUCCCGACAGCGCUUCGCUAUGGGUCGAGAAUCUCAAAUUAAUUGCCAAGAAAUCGCAACGAAAGACUGCAUACCAGGAUGCCUUGGAACGCACCAAAUCGCACCACCAAGUACUAAUAGCAAUAGGAACCGACCUUUUUGCGGAUGCGCAAUACGGCAAGGCUCUCAAGUGGUUUCAAAGGGCCACGACUGCGGCUCCGCUCUUCGGAGACGGCUGGAUCUGGUAUUCUCGCUGUUUGCAGCGAAUGGGCCGGGGCAUCAGCGAGAUUUUGACACAAGUCGAUGAGCAAGAACCCCGCUACGGUGCAGAGUGGAUCAAAGCUGCUAAACAGCCGCAUAGCUUGUGUCUGACCCCAUCGCAGUUGCUCGUCAAGUCCAUCUAG